AUGUUUGAACCAAAGCUCUCAGCAGAAGAUUGUGAGGAAAAGGCAGCCGCUGUUCUCCCUGAAAGCUGCAUCCAGCAUUUGGAAAGCAGUGAUUGGAAAGAGAGGAUUUCCAGCAUGGAUACCCUUCAGAAGACUGUGGAGGAGAUGAAGAAAAGUGAGAUACCAUGCCAAGCCUUGCUAAGACUGCUGUCGCAAGGACACAAGGAAGUGAAGCACCAGGUGAGGCAGAAGAAACUUCACACCAGCACCUUGCUAGCCCAGAAAGGGGACUUCUCCAGAACAUCUGUUCAAAUUGUCCUGGAAAGUGUGGUAGAAAUGGUAGGAGAUGGGCUCUGCGGCAGCUGUGCUCAAGAAGCCCUGACAGCUAUAGCAGAGGCAUGUUCAUUGCCUUGGACUGCAAAGACAGCUUUGUCAUUGGCCUUCUCACAGUACAACCAUUGCAGGAACCAUUGCAAGAUCUUGGACUGGCUGUCAAAUGCAAUUCUAGAGUUUGGCUUUGCAGGGAUGGAGGCCAAGGCACUGGUCAAUACCCUGAAGUUCGCUCGUGGUGCUGCUCACUCGGGUGUGCAGAAAUCAGCCAUCACCUUGCUGGGGAUGAUCUACCUGUACAUGGGAGACUCACUGAUAGCACUGAUCAGGAGUGAAGAGCUGCCCCUUCUUACCCAGAUAGAUGCUGAGCUAGAGAGGCUGCAUGGACAGGUCCCACCAAUUCCCAGUCGCGCCAACCCCAAGCCAUGUCUGGAUGAGAGGGCCCAGGAGGACCCAGGGGAGCAGAGGAGGACUGAAGCCAUAGACAUUGGUGACAGGAUCACACCAGCGUUGGUGUCAAAGCUGCAGGAGAAGAACUGGACCAUCCAGAGAGAGGGCCUGGAAGAGCUUACAUGCAUCCUUCAGGAUGCCGGGUUCAUCCAACCAAACAGAGGAGAGCUCCCAAGAGCCCUGAAGGCCUGUCUUUGUAACCCAAACCCCACCCUGGUGCGGAUGGCCCUGAGGGUCCUCCAGCAACUGUCCACAGCCAUGGGUUCAAAUGUCAAGCAGCACAUGAAGGACUUGGGCUUUCCCCUAAUUGCUCUGUUCAGGGAAAGCAAGAGCAGCACAAGAGCUGCUGCCUUGGCUGCCAUGAACGCCUGGGAUGCACAGAUCAAUAUAUCAGAGUGGCUGGAUGGGCAGGACAUAUUGGAAGGUCUGGGUGAGGAAAAGCCUUUGCAGAAGCAAGAGCUGGAGCAAUGGCUGGCUGAGCAGCUGCCAACCCUCAAGUCAGCUCCCUCGGACCUGCUUCAGUGUGUGCCUCACCUGUCCCUGCAGGACACCGACAGGGAUGUGCAGACAGCCUCGCAGGUGGUCCUGCCUUUCUUCAUGAUGCACCUCGCCUUGGAGAAGAUGACUGAAGCCACCAGCAAGCUGAAGGCAGCUGCAAAGGAUCACAUAUUUGCAAUACAAGAGCAUGCCAAUGACAGUCCAUCAGCUCAGUCCACUGCUUCUGCUAUGUCACUUUCCAGACACCCCAGGGUCACCACUGUGACUGCUUUUCCCUCUGUUUUCCCCACAUCACCCGCAGCAACAGCCUUAUCUUCACAAGUGUCAACACCCAAAAUCAGCAGAGGGGAGGAGCAGGGCCCCAAGGACCUCGAGUCAGGAGAAGUGGUCCUGAAAGACGCAGGUGCAGCCAAGGGAAAAGCACAAAUUAACUCCAUUCUGGACGAUGGAGUCAGCAAUCUGGGGCCUAUCUUCUUCGUUGUCCCCAAGGGGAAAGAACAGAGAAUGAAGGAUGAGAAAUGCGGCAAAGUGCUGCAGUGGGACUUUGCUGCUCCCAGUGAGCAGUACGUGGAGCAGUUGAAAGCUCAGAUGAGCAUCUUCCAGACGGAGAUGUUCCACUUCAGCUUCCGGCACCACAUCAAAGCCUUGGCCAUCAUGGCCAGGCACUUGGAGACAGAGAGGGAAGCAGUUAUCAGCUGCCUGGACCUGAUCCUGAAAUGGCCCACUCUGCGUUUCUUUGACACCAACACAUUGGUGCUCAUCAAGAGCCUAGAUUACCUCAACCUGCUGCUAACCCUGCUGAUCCAAGGAAAGUUCCAGCUGAUGGACAAUGAGGCCUUUUCCUUCCUCCCAUAUCUGGUCCUGAAGAUGGGGGAUCCAAGGAAAACUAUUCUUAAAUUGGUGCAUGCCACCCUGAGGAGGAUGUGCCUGGUGUAUCCAGCUAAGAAGGUGUUUGGCUUCCUCAUGAAAGGCAUUAAGUCCAAUAACACUAAGCAGCAGGAAGGCUGCCUGCUGGAGAUGGGUUAUCUCCUUGAAACCUAUGGCCUGGAUGUAUGUGAGCUGAGCUCUAGCAAAGCCUUGAGGAGGAUAGCUUCCUUCCUUGGAGACCAAGACAGUGCUGUUCAUCAUGCUGCUCUAAGUAUUAUGGUCACAGCUUGCAAAACUCAUGGGGAAGCCCUGUUCAAAAUGGUUGGGGAUCUUCCUGAAGAACAUAUGAGAAUCCUGGGACAGAUUGCAAAACAGGAAGCCAGCAGGUCAAGAGUUUCUUCAGCAAAGGGUUUCAGUGAGAAAUCUCAGCGUGAUCCAAACACAAGAUCUGAAGUCAGCUGUCAGCGUGCAGGAGAUGAACCUUCAAAGCUAGAACCCCCCUGCCCUCAAGGAGGAAACUUCAAUAUGAGGGACAUGGCUCACCCGACACUGCCUCCACGUGUAGGUGUGCCAUCAAGCAGGCCAGCCUCCAGAAAACAUAGUCUCCUUAGACUGAAGGAUAUCAUUCAGUUAGAAACGAUCCCUGAGUUCCAGACCCUGAAUAUCUCCUCAAAUGCUGAUGAAACGUGUCAUUAUAUUACCUUCACCAUUAAUUCCCUUAUUUGUCACAUUACUAGUGGUGAUAUUUAUACCAGCAACCAGGCAAUGAAAGAAAUAGAGGUGAUCCUGAGAGAGAAGAACAAUGUAGAAGCUAUGUCUGGGCACAUUAAUGAGUUCCUCAUAGCCAGCUUUCAAUCACUCGAGUUUAUCAACCAGCAAACAGAAGCAGAUAAGAAAUGGGGGAAGGAACAAAUCAUUCUGCAAUGUAACUGUGUCAUCCAGGCUGUAACUGUCUUCCAGAAGGAAAAACUGGCUCAGGAGGCCUCAGUGGAAGUGCUUAAGGAUGUAAUGAACAACCUCUUUACCUUAAUACUAGACUUCCUGGACAGAGACCUAGAGGAAGAUCAGAAGCUCUUGCAGUCCAUCACUGUCCUCAUUAAGAGAGUGUGAAAAACUAACCAGACAAGGGUUUUCUGUGCCUUGCUGAUGCUGCUCCAAGGCAGUCUGACUGCUGAGGACAGCCCAGAGAAGUUUUCUGACCUGCUGGCCAAGAGCCUGUGGAGAACCACACAGCUUCUCCCAAGCACCAUUGGCACCGUCAACCUGGAUGAAAUCCUGCUGCAGGCCCACAUGGUCAUGAAGGCUGCUUCAAAGGAAAAAACAAGACAGCACACAAACAAACUCCUGCUGCAGAUCCUGAAAACUCUGCUGCACAACUUGUACAAGCUGAAAGGAGUGAGGAUCCUGGACCACCUCAGCCUAUCCAGGAUGCAGCUGGCUCUGAG